AUGAAGAUCAAGAGGCAGGUCAGUGCCUUCUCACAAGCACUACCACGGCAAUCUGAUCUCAAGUCUGCGCGAAGGGACGAUCGAGCUACUCGUUCAUCGGCUGUUCUACAGCAUAAGAGGUCUUCUCGCGAAGUGGAAAGAUCUGCAUAUUGCUUCGUUACAACAAGCUGGAUAGCCUUGGUCAACGGUGCCUAGUACGUUUGCUCGCUCAUGAAAAUUCUGUAAGCACGGAGGUCCGGGCGGCCCGAAAGAGCGAUGAGAAUGUCAGCAAUGCGAGCCCACGCAAUUCACAAGUUUUGCCUAGACACAACGUGCGUUGAGAAAUACAUAUAAUGGGAGCGAUGUGUCAUGGUUGCCUGUAGCAGUUCUGAUUGCCCAUCGAUUCCUACAGACAUUCAGCAGCCUUCGUCCACCAUUGGAUAUCAAAUUGUCAACGACUAAAGUUCUCCUCAUCCUUGGAGCAGGCAGCAAUGUCGGCGCCAGUGUUGCUGCAGUAUUUGCCCAGGCCAGAUACAAAAUCGCUCUUGCCGCUAGAAAACUCCAAGAUGCUGUCGAUAAGGAUGGUCAGUUACGUUUUCAGUCUGAUCUGGCUGAUGCGGAAUCGGUGGACUCAGCCUUCGAUAAGGUCUCGGCCACCUUUGGACCACCGAACGUAAUCGUCUACAAUGGUACGGGAGGCUACGUCCAAGGCAUGACUCCUAAAGCUGAUAUGGUCUUCCAGCGGCUAGUGCGAAGUUAGUGUCCGCAGACGACCCUUUGGAGCUCUCCUUGGCCAACUUCAAUCAGGACGUUGCAGUCAACACGGGAAGCGUAUUGGUUGCAGCUCAGCGAGCUGUGCAAGGAUUCCGGCAGUUAUCGUCCGGCAUUCCGAAGACGUUCAUAUACACUGGCAAUUUCUUGAACAAAGAGAUCAUGCCACGUCUCAUCAGUAACGGAAUGUGA